CAUUGCCCACUCCCUCCUCAAACAUCCUCUUCACCAUAUCUCCUCUCUCACCUUUCUUAAUUUCCCUCUGUCUGCAACUCGCACCAGUGCGCGGUCCCCUGCCUCACUCUCCGCUGGAUGCUGUUGCUUUGCUUCAUUGAGUGAAUCUGGUUCCUACUUCUUCUUCUUCUCUGGUGUCUGCUGGUUCCUGCUGAAAGCCGAAUUUAUUGAAUUCUGCAACUGAAGAUGUCAACUCGUGAUUCUCUCUGCAAGAGCUUGCCUUUUUCUGCUUUCCCUUUGAAAAGGAUUGAAGAAGAGGGCGCGGCCGCUGGGGCUAUACUGGCUAGUUCGCUUCGGACAACUCUGUCAGCGGACAUCUCGUCGAAGAAAUGGCUGGCGCAGAAUGGGUUAGCGUCCUCUCCGGUCAAAAAAUCUGCAUCUUCUGGCGAUUUUACGAGGGUCUUCCUAGUGGAUUCGUCGUCUUCUUCGUCGGAAGGCGAAGAAGAGUAUGAUGAAACAGAGUAUGAAGAAACAGAGGAAUUCAUCACGAAGCAAGAGGAGGAGGACAACGACGACGAAAGGCCGGGGCAAUUUGAUGUCUGGAACUCAAUUCUGGCCAAGAAGGCCGAGGAUUCCUCAAAAUCUGAACCGCUUCCGCCUCCGUACGUUCACCCUCUCGACAAAAGAUCGAGCUCCAUGAGCGAGAAGAGCCUGGAAAUCUGUACCGAGAGUCUCGGAUCGGAGAAUGGUUCCGAAGGAUUCUUCCCAUGUCCGCCAUGGGAGAUGGAGAACACUGAAGAGGAUAAGAAAGAAGAGAAACAAGAGAAAGAAUCGCAAUUUUUCGAAGCGGAGGAAGCGCGAGUCGAGAAGUGUAAGAAUUCGCAAACUCCAUCCUUCCCUCCGCCCCUUCCUUCCCUGUUUCCAGAUAGCAACAGGUCGUCGCUGUGCAUGCGCCCCCAUCGCGAGAAUGGCCGCUUGGUUCUCGAAGCUGUGCCUUCUCCUUCGCAGAACUGCAUGCACAUCCACCGCCAAGACGGCCGCCUUCUUCUGGGUUUCGCCGGUACUACCCCGCCGGAAAACCAGAACAUCAACGAAGAAGAGGAAGAAGAGGGAGAAGAAGAGGCUGCUGAGGAAAUAAAGAAAGAACAUGGAGAGCUGGACAUGGGAAUUGCGAUGGGGGAAACACCAAAGCUGGUAAGCGGGGUGAUCAAUGUGCCAAUUCUGAUGAAAGAGCUUAGCAGUACUAGUACCAAAUCAGGGAGUACUCCAGAGUCCAGGGAGGUGGUUAGUUUCGAGGAGGACGCAAUUGCUCCACUGCCGAAGUCACUCCCGCCGCGGACCCGGGUGGCUCGACUGAUCGCGCCACCGCCGGCAGCGGUGGCUGCAGCCUCUCUAUUCAUUACUUACGAGUACUGUUGGGAAGGCCCUUUUGCCCACCAAUAUUACUCACCCAUAAAGAACAACAGCAGCAAUACGUUGAUCAUCACCACGAGUCCAAAUGCCCAGCAGCACCGACAAUUGCUAUUGCUUAGUGGGAACGUAAACAUUGCAGAUUACAUAAUUACUCUGUUUAAGGGGUUUAAGAGCCAUGGAAAGCCCCUUCCCUGUUGCAUUGCCACCUCCUAAUCCCUCAUCUCUCCCAGUGUCAAUCUCAAUUUAUUAAACACUGGUACAAUUUACUCUUUUCUCUUUUUGACAACUUGGGGCGGCCGGAUCCUCAGGGGUGAACUGACCGAGCUGCUACAGCCAGCACUAGAUAAAUCAAAGAUUAUCCAAUAAAGAAUCGAAUCUAAAAUCUAUUAUCUUAUAGUCUUUCGGAGUUAUAUACCCUGGUGGCCAGUUUAUUCUCUUUAAGCCACCUUAUAUAUGUAGGAAUGCAUAUGCUUUGUAUGGUCGGUCAUAUGGAAGUCUGCAGUAAAAUAAACAGAAAGGUGGGAAGGAAAGUUUGAUCUUGAAAAGGAGGCGAGGUGAUCAAUGACUUUGUUUUACAUAUAUAGUAUAUGGUUCUAUCA